AUGCUUACACAACAGAAUGAACGGAAAGCAUUUCUUGGAUGGAUGCGAGAGACAGGAAACAUCUUCACAGGCGAUGAAUAUCAGUCACGUUUUGGAAUUUGGCUCUCAAACAAGCGAUUCGUUGAAGAACACAAUCGUGCCAACCUUGGAUUCACCGUUGCACUCAAUAGACUAGCACAUCUCACACCAGCAGAAUACCAUUCACUUCUUGGAUUCCGUAAUAACGGCGCCAACAAUAAAGCUGUAAAAUCUCACUCAAAAGCGAACGAUUGUAUUGAUUGGCGUUCAAAAGGUGUCGUAAAUCCAAUUCAAGAUCAAGGUCAGUGCGGAUCUUGCUGGGCCUUCUCUGCAAUCCAAGCUCAAGAAUCUCAAUACGCGAUUACAUCUGGAGAACUCCAAAAGCUUUCAGAGCAGAACCUUGUUGAUUGCGUUACUACAUGUGAUGGCUGCGAAGGAGGUCUUAUGACAAACGCCUAUGAUUACGUUAUUAAAUAUCAAGACGGCAAGUUCAUGCUUGAAAAUGAUUACCCAUAUACAGCCUAUUACUAUGACUGUCUAUUCGACACAGAUAAAGCUGUUUCUAAUAUUGUUUCAUACAUAAAUGUUGUUGAAGGCGAUGAAAAUGAUCUUGCAACAAAAAUAUCCACAAAUGGCCCAGCUGCUGUAGCAAUCGAUGCUUCACAUUACUCAUUCCAACUCUACUCACAAGGUAUCUACAAUGAGCCAUCAUGCUCCUCUUAUGGCCUCGAUCACGGCGUUGGAUGCGUUGGAUACGGCGCAGAAGGAUCAACGAAGUACUGGAUUGUUCGUAACUCAUGGGGUCUUGGUUGGGGUGAAGAAGGGUACAUCCGGAUGAUUAAGGACAAAGGCAACCAGUGUGGCAUUGCUUCAAUGGCUUGCAUACCAGUUGAUAAAUAA